CACCCUCCCUGUAAAAGUUCUGGUUACGGCCCUGAUUCUAGGCUUGAGUUUGGAUCAUAUGCUGACGCCAUUCCAUGUUCGAUAAGACGACAGACCAUUGAAGAGACCUCGAUUUUCUAUUUCUUUGACAAACAAUUGCCAUUGGCGUCAUCAAUGUUGACACUGACAUUAUCAGUAGGUUGAAACCUGAUACACAGACGCUGUUCGCUUGAGGUCUUCAAAGUUCUCAACGAUCUGCUUUUAAGUCGAGCAGUCGUACGUUUUCUUGAGUAAAAAUCUCAGCUAUUUAUAUUCUAUAUUGUACAAGGAACUCUCUAAGACUUCUUCGCUCAAACCAGUUGUCUUUUACUCUACAAGAAAAGUGUUUUGAAGAAGAAUAUCACAAUGGCAACCAUUCCACUUAUGUACUGCUUUCAGGUUUUAGCACUUCUCUUCUUCCUUAAUACUGAAAGCGUGUUGUCACAAUCGCUGAACACCACUACUUUGCCAACACCUAAUGUUACGACCACCGCUCCAACAACAG